AUGCUUCUCCUCCUGUCGAUGCCGGUGGAGGUCCAGGAAAGUUCUGAUUUCCAUCUGUCUGGGGAUUAUCUCCUAGGGGGAUUGUUUACCCUUCAUGCCAACAUCAAGGGCACAACUCAUCUCAAUUACACGCAGGUGCCCCAGUGCAAAGACUAUGAAACGAAGGUGCUGGGCUACAAUCUGAUGCAGGCCAUGCGCUUUGCAGUGGAGGAAAUUAAUAAUGAUAGCAGCCUGCUGCCGGGGCUGUUGCUGGGGUACGAGAUGGUGGAUGUGUGCUAUCUCACCAACAAUAUCCAGCCUGUUCUUUACUUCUUGGCCAAGGAGAACUUCAGUCUCCCCAUCCAGCAAGACUACAGCAACUACCUGCCCCGAGUGGUGGCUGUCAUUGGCCCUGACACCGCAGAAUCUGUAGUCACUGUUAACCACCUCCUUUCCCUCUUCCUUCUCCCACAGAUCACCUACAGUGCCAUCAGCAACGAGCUGAGGGACAGAAGCCGCUUCCCUUCCUUAUUCCGCACCAUUCCCAGUGGCAGCCACCAGAUGGAGGCCAUGAUUCGGAUCAUCAUCCACUUCCACUGGAACUGGGUCAUCCUCCUGGUGAGCAGCGAUGACUAUGGCCGGGAGAACGGUCACCUCUUUAGCGAGAAACUGGAGGGCCGGGACAUCUGCGUCGCCUUCCAGGAGUCCCUCCCCAUCCCUUCUCCUAACCGGGUCGUGAUGCCCCAGGACAAGCGAAGGAUGGAGGGCCUGGUGGCCAAGAUCCGGCGGAGCACGGCCAAGGUGGUGGUGGUGCUGUCCCUGGACCUGGCCCUCUACACCUUCUUCGAGGAGGUCCUCCGCCAGAACCUGACAGGCACCGUGUGGAUCGCCUCGGAGUCCUGGUCCAUCGACCCCGUCCUCCACAGCUUCUUCUCCGUCCGGAGAGCCGGAACCUUCUUGGGCAUCACCACCCCCAUCGUCCCCAUCCCCGGCUUCAGCGACUUCAGGAUCAGGAGGAGCGAAGUCAGGAAGCCCGCAAUGGAUGGGAAGCACCCGCAGCCAACCUGCAACCAGGAGUGUGACACGUGCCCCGACGCCGCGGAAUCCUACAAUACCGUCCUCACCCUCUCGGGGGAGCGGGUGGUCUACAACGUCUACUUGUCCGUUUACAUUGUGGCCCAUGCCCUGCACAGCCUGCUGGACUGCGAGGCCGCCCACUGCUCCAGGGACGUGGUGUAUCCUUGGAAGUUGCUACAGGAAAUUUGGAAGGUGAAUUUCACCCUGCUGGACCGCAGGAUCUUCUUUGACGAGCAGGGCGAUCUGCCCUUGGGCUUAGAGAUUAUCCAGUGGCAAUGGGAGGACGGUCACAACCCCUUCAACAGCAUCGCCUUCUACAACCCAGCCGAACAGCGAUUAUUCGUGGCCACCAACAUCUCCUGGCACACUGCCAACAACACGGCCCCCUCCUCCGUCUGCUCCAAGAGCUGUCAGCCGGGCCAAUGGAAGAGGCCGGUGGGGCUGCAUCCCUGCUGCUUUGAGUGUGUCGAUUGUGCUCCCGGGACCUACCACAACCUGUCAGAGGAUUUUGAAUGCCAGCAUUGCCCCCUGAAUGAGUGGUCCAACGCAGGGGCUAUCCAGUGUUACAAGAGGCGUCUACAGUACCUGGAAUGGCAAGAGCCACUCACCAUCAUUGUUGUCAUCCUCGCCACUCUAGGCUUCCUUAGCACUCUGGCCAUCCUCAUCAUCUUCUGGGUACACUUCCAGACACCCAUGGUGCGUUCUGCAGGGGGCCGGAUGUGCUUCCUCAUGCUGACGCCCCUGCUGGUAGCCUAUGUCUCGGUGCCCGUAUACAUAGGGCGGCCCACUGUCUUCACCUGCCUCUACCGCCAGACCCUCUUCACCUUAUGCUUUACAGUCUGCAUUGCCUGCAUCAAUGUCCGAUCCUUCCAGAUUGUCUGCAUCUUCAAGAUGGCCAGUCAACUGCCUCACGCUUAUAGCUACUGGGUCAAGUACAAUGGACCCUACGUCUUUGUGGUGCUGAUCACUUUGCUCAAGGUGGGCAUUGUUGUUUCCAGUGCCAUGGCCAUACCCACCAGCCCCACCAUCCUGUAUGACAACGAGAAUCCCCAGAUAAUGAUCCUUAAUUGCAACAUCAACUCUCGUAAGGCGAUAUUGUUCAACACGAGCUUGGACCUCAUCCUCUCCAUCUUUGGCUUCAGUUUUUCCUACAUGGGCAAGGAGUUGCCAACUAAUUACAAUGAAGCCAAGUUCAUCACACUCAGCAUGACCUUCUAUUUUGCCUCUUCUGCCUUUCUUUGUACCUUCAUGUCAGUCUACCAGGGAGUUUUGCUCACCAUCUUUGAUGUAUCCAUCACAGUGAUCAACUUACUUAGCAUCAGCAUGGGCUAUUUUGGCCCCAAGUGUUACAUGAUUCUUUUCUAUCCUCAGCGUAAUACAUUGGCCUAUUUCAACAAUGUGAUCCAGGGUUACACCAUGAGAAAAGAGUAG